GUCACUCUUUCCAGCUCCAUUCGCUCUUUCAUCUCCUUUCGAUUAUCUUACAUUGGCUGCCAGCAUCACCAGCUACCGGCACAUCAAUCUCGACUUUCCAAAGCGGUGUCUGCCACUUACUUCGUGCCCGCAUCAACCUUGACCCCCAGCGCUCUGAUACGCAUACAAUUACAAUUAUACAUAUCCAAGCCCGAUAAGAUGUAUCUCACCAAAGCUCUUCUCGUCACCUGCGCGGCCUUCGCCCCGUUCGCCUCUGCUGCGGUGCAGGCCACGCCCACGACGACUGCGUCUGUCUCCAGCGUACAUACUUCGUCCCCGCCGUUGGCACCAAGCCAGACUCCUGUCUCUUUCAACCCCCUUCCCACUGCCAGCAGCAGCGUCGUCGUCAUCGGCAGCCAUAGUGCAAACUCUCAUCCCAGUUCCUUCGCAUCGCCGAGCCAUAUCGCAAGCUCUAGCCCUCGCGCAUCUAGCUCUGCUAUCGCCAGCUCUUCGUUCGCUAGCUCCUCCGUGGUCAAGUCAUCUUCUUCCUUUACCAGAUCGUACAUCACCAAGGCCUCGGCUCGGCCAACAACCAAAACAUCGACGGACGCCGAGUCAACCUCGACCUCAAAAUCGGAGUCAGAGUCGGCUACCACGACGGCGGCUACAUCCUCUGCUACCCACUCGGGCGCCGCCGCUCCGGCCAUCAGGCUCUCCGGCAGUAUGGCUGCCGGAGUCCUGGCCGUUGCAGGCUUCAUCCUGCUCUAAGUUACUCGCCAAUUGGACCGUUGCCCCAUGGUCAUGCCCUGCAAAUGCCACGAGGGCAUGCGCAGCUAUCAGGGUCAAUUGGGUG